AUGCUGCGUCGGGUGUGGCAGCGAGCAGAUCGGUCCUCGCCACGCGCUUCGGCGCUGCGUCCGCGCGCGCGGUCGCCAGUCAAUCAGACGCUGCCGGAAAAAACGCUCCGCAGUCCGAACCAAUUGAACGUUUUAUUGUCCAAUCAAACGCCGCCCACGACUUUUGUAGCCACUUGUUGCGCGUUGCGCGCCAUUGACGAGACAGCGCUAUUGGUGACGAUUGACGUCCGGACGUGGAACGUGGCACUGCAGCGACGACCGGAGGCUCAAGGCGAACGCGUGGCAGCGGAGCUCUUGGGUCUAAUCGCGAGUUGUAGUUGCGAAAAUGCAAGUGAGCUCUUGAGACAGUUGAAGCGGAGAUACGGACCGCAAUUUGUAGCCCGCGUGCUCGUAGCCGUGGUCAAUGGCUGUGCCAAUAUCAAGAUGUUUGCAGCUGCUCACGAGCUGCUGCUGUAUCAGCAGACGUUGUGGUCGGAGAUUCGCUCUGGUACUACUACUACUACAGACGAGACGUUGACGACGGGGUGGAGCGAGCAGAGUAAAGCGCUGAUGCCGCCAUCAGUGGUUGGCCACUUGAUGGCCAAGAUGACGCACAGGAAAAAGCACGGUCAAGUGCUGGCGCUUGCACGCGCGUAUUUUGCUAGUGCUGCGUUCGAUCCAGGAACGUGCCGUGCAGCAGGAGGCAAGGUGGAGAGAGUGAGGACACGAGUGCUCCAGCGAGGCUUUGGAGCUGCGAUUCACUGCUGUGUAAAGAUUGAUGAAUAUUCGCUGGCGUUGCAUUGUUAUGAAGUGAUGGAAAGCACACGAGAGAGGCUCGCUUGUGCUGGGGACGGCUUACCGGUGGACGACGCGAUCGACGAAGCUGCAGAGAGGGUUGGUAUCGUGGAUGAAGUGCUGCUAGCUGAUGAAAAUAUAUACGUCAACGUGUUGAAAGCAUGUAUGGAGAUCGAGGAUUUCUCCGCGUUUAAAGACGCGUUCCGCGGGAUGGUAGCUAGAGGUGUGGCUCGUAGUGCUGGAUUCUGGUCAGCGAUUCGUUAUUGUCACAAGCAUUUGGAUCCAGUGUUUCAUGAAGAAGUGUUGGACGGGACCGGGACAAGCCAAGGAGCUGUUCUCGCAAAUGCUGAACAACUCGUCGAUAGUGCCCGGCAUAUUACGAUGCUUGAGAUGGUGGAGAGUCAGUGCAACGCCUCGAUCGAGGAGGCGUUUCAUCUCAUGGACGUGUUUCUUGAGUGGAAGCGAACAUCGAAUCUUCAGGUGUUCACAUCGCUGCUGUCCAUCUACAUGCGCCGUCGUGAAGUAGGCAAUGCUGUUGCGCUCAUUGGUGCGAUGGAAGAGUAUGGUAUCGUUCAGGAUGUGAAGGCAUUCACGACUGUGGCGUUCAUUCAUGCAUCUCGCGGUGACUUGAAGGCUGUGGAAGACGUGUUACGAGACAUGGCUAGUGAAGGUGUUGCUACCGACAGGAUGUUCUUUGACUACGUCCUCAACGCACUGUACGGGUCGUGCGGUAUCGACAUGUGUUUCUCGCUCUUGCGUGAGCUGAGUGCAAACGAGCUGGCGAUUCCAGACGGGCUGUACAUCUCGCUAAUUGAUCUCGGUACCACGAUUGGUUUGAUUGAGCGCACGGUGCAUAUUGCGUACAACAUGGAGUGCGAAGGCUACCAUCUCUCAUCGACGCAGUUGUACGCGUUGAUAAUGCGUUGUCACUCGGACGGCGAGAUUUCGGAGUUUGUGCGGACGUUUGUGCUGUUACACCAGGGCGUGCCGCCCCAGACUCCGCGCUUUGAGGUGGAAAUGUAUGAAGAUUUGAUAUCGGUGCUGACGCAAUUCAAUCGCAAAAACGAAGUCCCGAAAGUGCAGGAGCUGGCUAGAUCAGUGGGGUACACUGAUUUGCUUGUUUAA